AUGCUGGUUGGGACUCUGGUCUACUAUUUGACCCUGCUGUUCUGGCGGAGGAGGACGCUAGUUUUCCUGGACAUUGCAUGUGUCAACCAGGUGGACGAAUACGCAAAAUCUGAGGCCCUGGUCAGCAUGGGCGCCUUCCUGAAGCACUCCAAGACCUUGGUGGUUCUUUGGGACGCGACCUUCGUGAAGAGAUUGUGGUGUGUCUUUGAGAUGGCUGGAUUCCUACAAAGCCGAGGGCCUGAUGCCAGCCGUGGCCUGGAGGUGUGUCCUGUUUUUGCUGGCCCGGCGCUCUUGAGCGGCACUUUCGGCCUUUGUGUGAUGCUGCUUAUCUUCAGCUCUUCACAAGCGGUGAUUGUGCCAUGGGAAUUCUGGGGUGGAUUAGCCCUCUGCGCUCUCACGUUUCCGUGUCUGACGUGCCUCGCAUAUGUAGUUUUGAUACACUGUCGCAGCAUCGACGUCGUGCAACAGCAAGUCCGCUGCUUCACUAUCGGAAAUGCUUCAAGCUAUUGCUGCGCAAGCAAUCAUAUUGACCCCUCAACUGGUGAACGAAUGGUCUGCGACCGCCUGAUCAUUGAACGCUGCAUCGCGGCGUGGUUUGGGUCCCCAGAGCAGUUUGAGGAGACGGUGCGCGGCAAGCUCUUGGCACAUCUGGUCUAUCAGCUGGCAAACUGCACAUUUCCAUACUGGCGCGUUGUGCAGGCGACCUCCCCGGCGCUGUGGUUCAAGCUUGAACUCUACAACCCCGCUUUUGUGGUCCUCUUCAUACUUGAGACUAUCGUGUAUUGGCUGCUACUUCUUCCAAGCGUCGCCCUGGUGAUGUUCCGCCUGAUUUACUGCGCCCGGAAUCUCUGCCAGAGCACGUUCACGCAGGUGCUACUCUCCACGGGCCUUGUUGCCGUCGCAGCACUUCUGUUUGGGGCCUUCUUUUUUGCGGAAACCAUGCUGCUUCCUCAGCUUAUAGGGGACAAGCACACGUCAAAUUGGAUCCUCCUGGCCACGAUGUCCAUGGUCACCAUCGCCCUGUGGCGCUGCAUGCCCCCGAUUCACCAGUCCGAUUCGCCCCAGGCCGCAGGCCAGGAAAGCCCUUAG